CCUGGUUUCUCAGAAUGGCCCGGCUCUCCUUGGCCCACACGCAUUUGAGAAUCACUUUGUCAACUUUCAUUAUAAACACCUUUAUGAUUAUGAUUUGGUUACACUGACUUUAUGUACUCAUUUGGGCGCAAUGACAUCUUCCAAUAAGUUUUGCCACUCAUGGACAUGAGACACCUCAAGUUUGGUUUUCUUUGAUGACUUUUAAUUCACCAUUUUAUAGGGCUUUUUGUUCCGUUAUGGUUCUUAUGCAUCCCUAGUUAGAGCUAUUAACUAGAGUAUUAACUUUCUAGUUUAUGGAAUCUUUAAAAAUUAUUAUUAUUGUUUGCACUGGGUUUUGGGCCUCUGUAUAGGAUGGUAAUUGAGUUUUGAAGAUCGAUCUUAUAUUCAGAAAGCUUAUCAAGCCUGUAUUACCGCUUAUCGUGUGGACAUUCUUUUAUGAGUAGCUCUUAUCGAUCUACUCACCUAGAUUAGAUUUUACCUUUAUCACAGUUACAUAUGCACGUGGUUUAAGAGGCAAAGAGUUCGGUAUGUUCUACAUAUUAAAACCGGAAUCUCCCUACCUUCCACUAUUUUCCACCCGUCAGAGGCAACCAUUUUCCACUCUUUUAAUUGAUUAUCUUUAACUGCUUAUUCUAGAUUUCAUAGCCAGAUCUCAUAUAGCAUGCUUACACUGUCACUUCUAGACAUCUCCCCCGUAGGCAUUGUUCACUGACAUCCCACUAUGAAUGAUGGGGAUACAAUGCUCUGGUAUUCCGGACCCCACACCCUGCGUGCACAUUUCUAUCCCAUCAUCUUAAUAUGUUAAUUUUAGAUAACGUCAUAGUGGGUGUCCACCUUAGAAUGACAACGGCACUGUGUUUUAUAGCUCAGUCUUGUAACAUUCCCAGCUUUUGUUUGCGUCUUUCUGCUCAUGUGUAUUUGGUGUAAACACCACCACAUUCAGGGUACAGAACAACUCCAUGGCCGCAAAGUUUCCGUUGUGCUGGCUUUUCAGAGUGCCCACCCGCCCCACCACACCAAACCUCUGGCACAUGCCCAUCUGUUCUCUACAACUUCGACAAUGUUGUGUAAGUGGAUUCCCACAGUACGUGACGUUUUGAGAUUGAUUUUGUUCACUCAACAUAAUGCCUUCGGAAACUUACAAGUUGUGCACAUGUAAAUAAUUUAUUCCUUCUUACUGCUCAGAAGUAGUUCCUGCUAUGAAUGCCCUAUAGUUCGUUCAAGCCUUCCCUUAUUACUGGACGUUUGGGAUGUUUCCAGCUUUUUGUCAUUACAGAAUGUUGUAAACAUUCCCACAUGGGUUUUUGUGAGGUCCUGGUUUUCAUUUCACUCAGAUAAAUGCUUGGGAGUGUGAUGAUUUCUGGGACCUAUAACCCACUGCCUCUCCUGAAAGAGGAGAGAAAAUGAUGUAAGCACAUACAACUGCUUUUUUUUAUUCUAAGAUUUUUUUUUUUAGAUAAUCUGCACGGGUGUGGCCCAAACCCACAGUCCCCAAAUCAAGAGUCACACGUUCCACGGACUGCGCCAGCCAGGUGCCCCAAGCACAGACAACUUCAGAGGUCCACACUGUACUAUGCCUUUGGGUGAAAUUUUACCAGUUGCAACAUACAGGGUUGGAAUGGGGAGUCAUUUCUGGAAUAGACCUCGUUCAAUCACAAAGUUGGGCAGGCUCUGGGUGAACCACUUUUCUUCCUGCUGAGUAACUCCAAAGCAUGGAGUUACUUCACUUCUAGACUUCUACCCCAUCGUCUGGCAGGCUGGUGGAGCCUGAGGCCACAAGCCAGCCAUCCCAAAGUGUUCUGGGCUCAGGAGCUUGGGACACAGCCCCCAACUGCAGAUCCGCCUUAGUCUGGGGCUCCCAAGUCGGGAAUCACCAUGAAGACCUCAAGAUGGGGGGAGGGCCCACUGGAGGGGGCAGAGGCCCCAUGCAGGCAGGAAGCAUUAUCUCUCCUGGGCCUCUCCACUCUCUGAAAAAGAGAAGAGGACCCCUCACCAAGUGAGGUCUUCUCUGCCUGACUUCUCUUUCACAAUCUAGAAGCAGACUGUUGCCCCACAACCAUGUCACCCCAUCAUAGGCACUUCCCCUAAUGACAGGAGAAGGAAGGCUUUUCCUCUCUACAGAACAGAGGCCCAUUCUACCCAGCACACACAUUUGCACAGAGCAGGGUCCCCAGGCCUCCGCAAUGUUGGCCCCUGCCUCCAGGCCCCACCUGCCUCCUUACCUGCUGCUGGCUCUGCUGUUGGGACUCACAGGUGUGGCAGGUGAGGCGGAGCUGCAGGUGAUCCAGCCCGAGAAGCUGGUGUCUGUCACAGCUGGAGAGACAGCCACUCUGCACUGCACCCUGACCUCCCUGGCCCCCGUUGGGAAAAUCAGGUGGUUCAGGGGGACGGGGCCAGACCGGGAGUUAAUCUUCAGUUUCGGAGGGUACCCUCACUCCCCUCGAGUAACAAAUGUUUCAGACGCCACAAGGAGAAACGCCAUGGACUUUUCCAUCCGCAUCAGUAACAUCACCCCAGCAGACGCUGGAACCUACUACUGUGUGACGUUCCAGAAAGGGGCCCGUGAGGUGGAGUUUAAGUCUGGACCAGGCACCCAGGUCACUGUGAGCAGAAGGAGAGCUGGCAGCCCGGGAAAAGACCUAGAACUCUCUCCUUCACUCUUGGUGGCUCUCUCCCUGGGCCCCAAGCUGCUGCUGCUCGUCUCUGUCUCUGCCAUCUAUGGCCACAGGAAGCGAUGGAUUGACUGUGAGUCAUGGACAAGGAAGACAGAGCCAGGUGACCCAGGAGGAAAAUAGCACCGAGGACAUAGGAGACACGUGGAGAACAUUUCUGGAAUGAAGAGCAGAUACUGAAAUGUGAACAUGGGUCCACGGCUCCUUCCUUCCUCCCCUGCUACAUGCCAUCCUCGGUCUCUGCUGCCUCCUUCCUUCCCUGAGGGGCCCAGCCUAAGACAAGGAACAACUAGAAGCUUCCACAACCCUGCCCCAGAUGCCUGCUUCCCCAGAGACCCAGCUGCCCACAGUUCCUGCUGCUCCUCUCCCAGUCCUUGAUGCCCCCAGAGCUGGUCUUCAUACCUGGUCCUGAGCAGGGGCCAUGGGAACGUGCUCUGGAAACUGACACACGGGUAUCUUCCUAGAAUGUGAGAAACAAGUCACGUGUACGUAUACCAGG